CACAGGGCACCUAAAGCUCUCUGAAAACCUAAAGAAAGGAAGGGGGAGAAGUUUUCUUGGAUUUUAUUAAGUUUUUCUAGCCCGAAGGGAAUAGCUAGUGCUCCGAAGCUACACAUGAGGCUUCAGUCAGUCCAAGAUCUGCAGGACGAGUAGGUGAACGGUGGCCCUGUCCGGCCCUCACCAUCCGCCAAGAGCAUGAUGCCAUUUCGGAGGCUGAAGAGAGAGAUGGUAGACUUGCCGCCUACACACCCUGGGUUCGGGAGUUCAGGGAAAAGUUUCCUCAUUGACAAUCUCCUGCGGUCCCCUACGUGCCCUGUGGCUCGCCGGCCACUGGCGGGCCCCCGGCUCUCGGGGCACGGCUGCCCGUGUCUUAGCGGGCCUGUCGCAGCCGCACACGGCGUGGGAUGGGGCUCUCGGCGUGCCAUGCCAGCGGAACGGAGCAGUCUCACCAUGAAAGAUGCCGAAGCGGUCAUGGUCGAGCAGCCUCAACAGGCCCUGUGGUCCGACUUCCUCCAGAGUGGCCUGCAGAUCCGCAUGGCGUGCUGCGGUGGGUCCGCCCCCCCCGUGGCCUCCCCCACGGCUUUUCCGAAGAGAGCUGGUCUACCGCUGUUGUCCCCAGAGGCAACCCCCAAGGCUCUGCGGGGAAUCCUCAGGCGGGCUGUUUUCUCCGAGGUCCAGAGGAGGGCGCUGGAGAAAACCUUUGAGAGGCAAAAAUACAUCAGCAAAGCAGACAGAAAUAAGCUUGCGGCCGAUCUGGGCCUGAAGGAGUCCCAGGUAAAGAUCUGGUUCCAGAAUCGGAGGAUGAAAUGGAGGAACUCGAAGGAGAAGGAGACUCUCUGUCUGAGAACUCCGAUGGAGGAGCUUUCACUACGGAGCGAGGCAGGGAUGGGGGAGGAAGAGGAGCGGCAGGAGAUGCAAGGAUCACUUCAGACCCAGGAGAUGCACAGUGGCGCGUCAAAAGCAUGGCCGUCCGUGAGAGAAGCCAGGGGACGUUCGAAGGGACUCGCCACCGUUACUCUGGAGUGCUCCAAGGGAGACCCCCCCACCCUGAGCUGGAGCUAACACCUGGGGAAGCCAACAAACAAAAACAGGAAGUCCCGCCCCCCAACUUCCUGUGGACAUUAUGGGACAUAGCUGUAAGCAUUUUACACUCCGCUCUGAAUAUAGAGUGAGAGGACAGACUGGGACACUUCUCAAUAUGUUCACACUGUCUGGUGCUGAUGCCUUUCGGGAAUCUGUCACUUCAGUCUGACAGGCUCAAAAUUAAAGGAAAAAGCAAUAAAUCCAUUCUGAAGAGAACAGAGAAACACAAAUCUACAAAUCACAAAAUCACAGGCGAAAAUUUUAUGAUCCCAAUUUUAUGUAAAAAUGUUUAUUAUUAUUGUACAUAUUAGUGAGGUUUGUUCUUAAUACACUUUUUCUGAAUCUUGCAUUUCUAAAGAGUUUGCAUCUUCCUUAUAAGCUGGUGUUAUAAGAAUCAAAAUGUUUGUCCAUCAUAAAGGCUAAAUUUGUAAUUACUUCAUUAUUUUCCAUUGAAACCAGAAAUAUUAGUUACAAUGCAUUUACUAUUAUACUGAUGUCUAAGUAAAGCUUAUUAACAUGGAAACAGAUCUCCAGAAUAAAAGGGAAAAUGUAAAACCAUUGCUCAGUGUAAAGAGAAGUAAUUUCAUUCUAGAUGACUGACAGUUAUAUGA